AACCGUACAAAAGGUCGCCAGAUCUACCCGAUUCACCUGUCCAAGGUUCGCUGACCCCAACACAUUCUGAAUUGAAGGGCUCUCCUCUGAAUGUGCAAUCUGUUGAUACUCCGGCCCGACGCGCUUCUGGACCUUUACCUCCUCCGUUACCACCCCGUUCGAACUCGCGCAACCAAUUGGGUCCUCAAUGUGGUGUUAUUUCACGCCCUGGCUUGUGCACCUCUGUGACGACGAGUGAAACAUUGGCGAACAACAGUCCCACCACCUUGAUCGAUUGUAUGGCAC